CCCUUCCGGGGCAGCGUGUAACCGGGAAAGCCGUCCGGCUGCGGGGCGCGCCCCGCGCGGAAAUCUUAGGAAAGUCAAGUCCGAUCUUGCCUGGUUUUGCUGGAGGACUUCCAUGGAGGUUUCAGAAAAGGCCUUGAUUGUUUUGUCUGAAAUCAAAGAUGGAAAUAUACACCUGAGGAAAAAAACACUUUAAAUCUGCUUUGUCUGUAUUCAUAUGGAUGAAUCCAGGAUGUUCCAAGAAAACACAUCUGAUAAUUACUUGAAUUCAGUAGCCCCAAUUUGUGAAGAUGGUGCUUUCCAAAAGAAAGGGCACAAUGCAAGGACCCUUAGCCCUGAAGAAGCUGAGAAACUGGCAAGAGAUCAAGCCUUGGUGUCUGACUUCAAAAAACUGAAACUGGAGAAAGAUGCACAGAAGAACUGGGAUCUAUUUUACAAAAGAAACAGCACAAACUUCUUUAAAGACAGGCAUUGGACAACUAGAGAGUUUGAAGAUCUAAAAGCAUGCCGGGAGUUUGAAGAUCAGAAACUGACCAUUCUUGAAGCAGGCUGUGGGGUUGGAAAUUGCUUGUUUCCACUUUUAGGAGAGGACUUGAAUAUCUUUGCUUAUGCCUGUGAUUUCUCUCCAAGAGCUGUUGAGUAUGUAAAGAAGAACACUUUAUAUAAUAUUGAGAGAUGUAAAGUAUUCCAAUGUGAUCUGACCAAAGAUGACCUUCUGGAAAAUAUUCCAGCGGAUUCUGUGGAUGUUGCCACAUUAAUAUUUGUGCUUUCUGCCAUUCACCCUGACAAGAUGCACCUUGCCUUGCAAAAUAUUUAUAAGGUAUUAAAACCAGGCAAAUGUGUCUUAUUUAGAGACUACGGGCUCUAUGAUCAUGCAAUGCUUAGGUUUAAAUCUGGCAGCAAACUUGGAGAAAACUUUUAUGUUAGACAAGAUGGGACAAGAUCAUAUUUCUUUACUGAUGAGUUCUUGUCUCAUCUCUUUAUGGCUGUAGGAUAUGAGCAAGUGGUCAAUGAGUAUGUGCUACGAGAAACUGUGAAUAGGAAAGAAGGCCUGCGUGUUCCAAGGGUUUUUCUUCAGAGCAAAUUUCGAAAGCCUCUAAGUGAAGCAUGAGUAUUUGCUAAUGAGCCACAGAAAUGCUUGUUUAAAUGGGGCGGUGAGGGGGGGAAUUCUAGUGUGGUGUUUUUCCUUGGCUGUACUAUCCUGGAGUCUGCUAAACCAGAAUGACAGAAUCAUGUUUUCCAGAACCUUCUGUUGUUUUUGAUCCUUGGGUACAGAAGAUGAGAGUGACUGUUAGAAUACAAUUUUAAGAUAGGAUAAAGGUACAUAUAUACAAUCAACCUCUUUGAGUGCCUAAAUUUCCCCUUUUUAAAGUAAAUUCUAUGCACCAUUGUUAGAGGCUCUUGUGUGAUUUUAAUAUAAAAAUGGUUUAAAUAAGACAGUCUGUUUUUAAAUAAUUCUCCAAGGAUUUUGCAUAGGAUUGUAAUUUUCAUUAAGGAAAGUAUGUUGUUGAGCAUAAACUGGCUAAAUGUUAAUUAUAAACCGCUGUUUCCACUAGUUGUAAGAAUGGAUUAGUGUUAUGUCCCUUCUCUUUCAUAUUAAAACUAUUUUAUAUUUCUGCUGAUGGA